CCCCACAGCCACUUCACGCGUCGCUACGCGUUACUCUGCAUAUUCACGUUCACGCUCCACGGCAAAUGAACCAGCAGCUUUAGCCUUGCCACAGUGCAAACCAUGCCCGAUAUAUAUAUUGGGGAUGAGAAUGGUGGUGAUGCUCUAUGAAUCUCACCAGAUGAAAUGGCUUCCAUAAAACCGAUUGAUGCUAAAAGCAUCCAUCAAAUCCAAUCAGGCCAAGUCAUCGUUGAUCUGUGCUCUGUAGUAAAGGAGCUGAUCGAGAACAGCGUCGAUGCUGGCGCAACCAUUAUAGAGGUUCGCUUCAAAAACCAAGGACUGGAUCUUAUAGAAGUCCAGGAUAAUGGUUCAGGCAUAUCACCUGAUAAUUACGCUUCAGUUGCUUUAAAACACCACACCUCAAAGCUCUCCACCUACUCUGAUAUCGAGUCUCUUCAAACCUUUGGUUUCCGUGGUGAAGCCCUGGCUUCGCUCUGCGCCCUCUCUAGCUUCACAGUCACUACAUGUCUGGCCGAAGAUGUACCAAAAGGGUCGAAACUGACAUUUGAAACUUCAGGGAAACUUCAGGGCACUAGCAUCAUUGCUGCACAGCGAGGAACCUCUGUUUCAGUCGAAAAACUCUUUCAUAAUCUCCCUGUUCGCAGAAGAGAGCUGGAACGAAAUAUCAAGCGAGAAUGGCACAAAGUUAUCGCUUUGCUGAACCAGUAUGCCUGUAUUCAAACGAACCUCAAGUUUUCCGUAUCACAGCAGCCCACAAAAGGGAAACGCAUUCUCCUCUUUUCCACAAAAGGCAACAAUACCACCAAAGACAAUAUUAUCAAUAUCUUUGGAGCCAAAACCAUGGCAGCCUUGGUCCCCCUCGAUCUGACAUUGGCAAUGAAGCCCACCACGUCUAAUGCGGCCCUACAUGGAUCAUCUACAGACCAGGAAGAUUCUAAGGAAGUCAAGGUUCUCGGCCAUGUGUCACGUCCCGUUCACGGAGAAGGCCGUUUAACGCCCGAUAGGCAAAUGUUCUUUGUAAAUGGAAGACCAUGUGGACUCCCUCAAUUUUCGAAAACCUUUAACGAGGUAUACAAGUCAUAUAACUACUCCCAGUCACCGUUCAUAUUUGCAGAUAUCCGACUGGAUACAAGUAUGUACGAUGUAAAUGUGAGCCCGGACAAGCGGAGCAUCUUGCUACAUGACCAAGGGUCGAUGCUGGACAAUCUUCGGGUGGCACUGACGGAGCUGUUCGAUAAGCACGAGUAUACCGUCCCAGUAGCUAAGCUGUGGACAGCAAACAAACCUGCCGUUUCACAAAAGCCAAACGAAGUGACUGAAAGCGGCUCUACCAAGACGCAGGAUAAAGAUGUUGGUUCUGCAUCAACUAAAGCUGCAGCCUCUCAUGAUGUCGAAUCAGAUGUUGAAUCUAUAUCGUCGCCAGAGCCACCAGACCAAGAGGAGGAUGUCCCUUCCACUAGGACAUCUUCUCGGGUGAAUCUUGCUAGCCAAUCCCUGAUUAGUCAGUGGGCAGCCAGGAAGCUUGAAAUCGAUGACGAAGAGAGUUCCGAACCACCGUCGAAAACACAAAAGUUGACUCGAAGGUCUGCAGCACCGGAGCGACGACAUUUGCCGGUCAAUGAGUCCCAACCUCCUUCCUCCGCAUCUGAUGAUGAAAUGGACGCCGGAAAGCCACUACCUGUUAGAGACUUCAAUAAGAGGUUAGCAGAGAAGAGUGCCAUAUCCUUCAAAUCAUAUAAUCAGCAUAGCGAUGAAGAGUCGGCGGAACCCGAGCCAAGCCAAACAGCCAGAGAGAGAACCAUACCGGGAUCACAGCCACUAAAGAUACAGAAUAUCACCAACCGGAGUCGGGUUGCGACGCCCCAAUCUCUUAAGCGCCGGACGGGGCAGGCUAUUUCCGUCACUGUUGGUGAUGUGAGUAUGAAUUCUUCUAUGCUCUUUGGUAGACAAACGCGCGGAAGUCAGCCUCUUGAAACCGUCGAUGCGGUGAAAGAUGAUAUUUCUAUGCGAGAAGACUCUUUAAGUGACUCGGAGGCUGAAUCUGAGGCAGAAGCUCCUGUAGAGGGGCAAGAAGAAUCCGAGGCUGAAUAUAGUGAGCCAAAUGCCGCCGAAGACCACGAUCAAUCUGAAGCCAAAGACAUUGAUGAGACUCUCGAUGCAGAGGAGGAUACAGCAGACGUAGUUCCGGCCAAAGCUGCAUACCAAAAAGCACCGCCUCAGGGAUCCAAACAAAAGAGCUCCACGCAUCACCUUUCUCAUACGAUGUAUAUCGAUGAAGCUAGCAUGGUUCGCCAGCUGCAAUUUUUCAUAAAUCAAAAGCAGUCACACAGCGCCAACGGUGAAAAUGUCGGAAGUAUUGAAGACUUGGAAGCAUCAGAUGCGGAGUCGAAACUGCAGCUCAUUAUUGGCAAAGAAGAUUUUGGCAAAAUGCGUAUUGCAGGACAAUUCAACCUGGGCUUCAUCAUUGCCACUCGUCCAUCAACGUCUUUGGAUGCCUCUGGACAUCCAGCUGGUGACGACGAGCUGUUCAUCAUUGACCAGCACGCAUCUGACGAAAAAUAUAACUUUGAGAGACUUCAAAACACGACAAUUGUACAAUCUCAACGUUUGGUCCAGCCCAAACGAUUGCAGCUGACAGCGCUUGAGGAAGAAGUUGUAGUAGAAAAUAUUGAGGCUAUUGAAUCGAAUGGGUUCAAGAUUAGUGUCGAUUUAUCUGGCGACUGGCCUGUUGGUGCACGAUGCGAACUCACGUCUUUACCGUUGAGCAGAGAAACGGCUUUCACUAUCGAAGACCUCGAGGAGCUCAUUGCCCUGCUAGGUGAUAACGCAUCAGACUCGUCACACAUACCGCGACCAUCCAAAGUGCGAAAGAUGUUUGCCAUGAGAGCAUGUCGCAGCAGUGUCAUGGUUGGGAAAGCACUUAACACCUCUCAGAUGUCAACUCUAGUGAAACAUAUGGGUGAACUGGACAAGCCCUGGAACUGCCCUCACGGGAGGCCAACAAUGCGCCACCUGUGUCGACUAAAAGCAUGGGACGACAAGGUUUGGAAAACAGAUGUUCAUCAAGAACCUAUAUCAAAAUGGCAAGACUACAGCAACUGAGUCAAUACGGCUCAGUACUACACCGGAUUAUUACUCUUUGGAAACAUUA